CUCAGGGUCAGGGCCAGAGUCAGGUGAUGUCUCCAUCAACGUCGAGCAAUGUCGAGAUCAAGGAGGUAAACCCCUAGAGUGGCUGAUGGAGAAAUGUGAGAACAGGUGUGCUACCCUUGGUCUGAAGAGCAACUCUCCAUCUCCUCUCAAAGAACCGCUGGAAGUCGCUGAUAGAUUAGUGGCUGAAAACAAUGGCCGUCACUAUGAGAUAGUAGACAGUAUUUUACAACAGGUAGAGGCAAAAAGAACAGAAAGGAAGAAUAAGGUAUUUGAAAAGAUGGAUGUGUUGGGGAAACGUCUGGAGGAAACCAAGAUAAGUGGCAAGUCAGGGAGAGGCACAUCUGCAGAUAUGAGAAUCAUGUUGCUGGGAUACAGAAGAGCUGGAAAGACGGCAGCAGGUCGCAUCAUUUUGGGCGACGAUAACCUUCACCUUGGGCACAGUGUUGUGAGUGUCAAGGCAGAUGCCCAUGUAUCUGGACGACAUGUUAGUGUAGUCAGAGCAUCAGAAUGGUCGAGGGAACAGCUUCUGUGUGACACUGCUGAACUGACCAAGCAAGAAAUCACACUCAGCUUGACUCUGUGUCCUCCGGGACCCCACUGUAUCCUUGUAGUGCUAAAUCUAAAGUUGAAAUUUAGUGAGGUGAGUAGGAGAGCUGUUCAAGAACACCUGGAACUUCUGACUGAAGACGCUUGGAGGUAUUCCAUGGUUCUGUUCACCUGCAAAGAGGACUUGGCGGAUGCAACCAUCGAGCAGUACAUUGAGAGCGAGGGCAAGCCUCUACAUUGGCUCAUAGAGAGGUGCGGGUACAGGUACCAUGUGCUCAAUACCAAGAGCAGGGAUGAGAGACAGUGCAGGGAGCUGUUUGAGAAGAUUGAUUGUAUGGCAUUGGGCACUGAUAAUGGCCAUUUUAAGCCAGAAAGUGGGAUUUCGUCAAAGUUAGAAGACCGGAGAAGGGAGGAGAUAGAGAGGGCAGAAGCUAGGAGAUUGGCAGUACAAAAGCAGAGGCAGGAACUGCAGGAAAAAUUAAAACAAGUUAUGUCAUAGAAAUCAAUGCCAGAUGGACUGAAGUAAGGGGGAAUGUCAUUGCAAAGAUUUAGCACAAAAACUGUCACUCAUUAAAUGCAGUCAAAGGUCUAGCAACAUGGGCACUAUCUGAACUUCCUUUGUACACUCAUUGGUAUUCUCAUUGUUGCCUUUUACAGUAUGCAAAUGUAUACAUCUAUUUGCGCAAUGUGUAACUGUUUUACAUGAGAUGUAUUUAAUUCUGUAAAAGAUUGUUAAAUUCAUAAAUUGAUAAUAAUUUAAUGUAAUGCAAUAAUGUAAUGUAAUAUUGUAAAUUGAUAUUACGGAUAAUAACACUCGUACAUUAAAAAAGAUCCAGUUGUUAUACCAGCUUUGUACUGUAUAUGCUUUUCAUUAUUUUUGCUAUCUGCACAGAAUAAUGUAGUAAUUGUGUAGAUUGUGUGGGUUGAUGCAUGCCAAAAAUGAUAAUGCCCAGAUGACUGAUGAUGACUU